AGCAACGGAUAACUUUUUCAUGAUUUCGUAGCUUAUAAGAACGGAUCAGGCUGAUACAAUUCCGACAAUUCAUCUUUAGAGUUGCUAAUAUUCAUUGUCCGUUUUUGAUCUUAUCCGCAAAAUGAAUUCCACCCCAAAGAACCACGGAAUUGUCAAAACAGCUGUUGGUGAAGCAAGAUUGCAGCUAAUUCCCAUCCCACGACUUCGAGAUGAUUACAUUCUCGUUAAGACAAUUGCCGUCGCAAUAAAUCCCACAGAUUGGCAAACCAUAGAUGAAAAACCCAGUUCAAGGAGAAAGGGUCCCACGCUUUUAGGAUGUGAUUUUGCGGGGAUCGUGGUUGAGAUUGGCAAGGGUGUGGAGAAAGAAUGGAAGAAGGGGGAUAGAAUCGCGGGGAUGGCGCAUGGAGGAAAUGAUAUUGAGCCGGAAGAUGGAACAUUCGCAACGUAUAUUGUGGUCAAAGGCGAUGUGGCAUUCCACAUUCCGGAUACUGUCAGUUUCGAGGAAGCUGCAUCGCUUGGCGUCGGAGUUACUACUGUUUCUUUGGGCUUUUACAAAUACUUGUCUCUACCUCUCCUGAAAUUUCCACUUUCCAUGCCAAAUCCUGAGAGCAGACGCACGAUUCUGAUCUAUGGAGGAAGCUCGGCAACUGGAACAUUAGCUAUUCAAUUUGCAAAGUUGUCCGGAUUGCAAGUGAUCACUACGUCAUCACCGAGGAACUUUGAGCUAUUGAAAAGCUUAGGCGCGGAUCAUGUUCUAGAUUAUCAUGAUCCCAACUGCGGAGCCGAAAUCCGCUCGCUUACUCAAAACAAACUCCACCACGUCUUCGAUACAAUAGCAACCCAAUUCAGCGCUCAAAUUUGUGCCAACGCACUGUCUACUACCGGCGAAAGUAAAUAUGUAAAUCUCAUGGGUAUCGAAAUACCCAGAGAUGACGUCAGCAACAUUUUCUUUCUCGGAUACUCGAUUACUGGGGAAGAGUAUGAGAUUGAAGGAGAAGUGUGGCUAGCUGCACCUGAAGAUUUUGAACUCGGAAAAAGAGCGUUUCUAUUAUUGGAAAGAUUGCUAGAGAAAGCACUGAUUAAGAAUCAUCCGGUGAAGGUAAUGCAUGGUGGCUUGAAUGAAAUAUUAGAAGGAAUGAGAGAGAUGAAAGAUGGAAAGGUGAGUGGAAAGAAGUUGGUGUAUAGAUUUGGGGAACCUUGAGAUAUAAGUUAUGGAUGAUCAUGUCUCUGGAAUGAAUUAUCGGUUCCAUCUUAGCGUUCUUGUAGAUCGAUUAAGGACUUAGGGGAUUUCCCACAAUAUAUCACC